UUCACUCUCAGCUAAAAAUUAUCUCAAAAAAAAAACAAUGGCUGGCUCUUCAUCCCUCGAAGUUUGUAUCUAUUGCUCUGAAGGAUUUCCUCCAGCUCUCUCUUCCUCUGCUCGACUGAUAGGGCCAGAGGAAAGAGUGAUAUCAACGUCUCCCGAGGGCUCUACCUCUUUAAAUGACGCCAUUUUAAAACACCAUCAAGACAAAGAGAUCGUUCUAAAGACCUCAUCUCCUCUCUCUUUCUCCACCAGUCAUGUGAUCCUACUCUCAGUCGAAGGCAUGACAUGUCAAUCUUGUGUUAAACUCAUUCAGAAUACACUCCCGGGACAACCAGGUGUGUCUGGAGCUAUUGUCUGUCUUCAUCAUAAAGAAGCUUUUGUCGAAUUCGAUUCCUCUCAAACCACACCUAGUGAUAUUGCCAAAGCUGUAUACGACAUGGGGUUUGAUGCUGAAGUGAAAUGGUCACACCCACAACGUCCCCCUUCUCCUCUUUCUCCUAUUCCCCCUCAGUCUCCUCCCUCUUCUCCCCCGGCCAUUUUAGAACCAAACGUACUAGAGCCAAAUGUAGUCAUUGACGAUGGACGUGUUUCAUUCUCUCCCUCGGACGAAGAACCCAUCAAACUCGUUUACAUACGGAUUAAAGGGAUGUCUUGUAAUUCCUGUGUUUCUAAUAUCACAGCUGCUCUCACCUCUCACAUAGGCGUGGUCAGUGCCCACGUCUCACUCUCCGAUGAAGAAGCCACGGUCCAGUACAACGGUAAACUGGUGGCCGUUGACGACCUCAGGGAAGUGAUAGAGGGACUCAACUCGAAAUUUAAAGUGACAGACAUGCCCGAGGGAAGAGUGGGUGGGGCUAGUUACUAUGACAGCAAAGUACCUCAAAGAAAGAAAGCGAAAAGAAAAGAGAACGAGAUUGUCAUAUUAAGCGACAGCAGCCUCCCUCCUUACAGAGACCACGCCUCUGGACACGCCCUAAAGAGAGCCUCUAGUCCGGAGUCUAAGAAAGCCCAGUACAAGAUCACUGGAAUGACAUGUUCUUCAUGUGUCAGCAAAAUUGAGCGGAACUUGGCAAGCAAACCUGGUGUAUACUCAGCUACUGUUGCUCUGUUGGCUGAAAAGGCAGAUGUCUCGUAUGAUCCGAAUGUGACUGAUCCCGAUAAGAUAUCAUCAGCUAUACUUGGUCUGGGAUACAACGCACAGUUACUCUCUCAGGGAGAGGGGCUUGAAUCUGGUACUGUUGAUCUUGAGGUGACUGGUAUGACUUGUUCUUCUUGUGUUCAUCUCAUCGAGAGGACACUUCAUGCGACCGACGGGAUUGAGAAGGCAAGGGUUGCCUUGACAACAAACCGCGCCCACGUCGAGUUUGAUCCGGCUUUUAUAGGACCCCGUGACAUCAUCGAUAUAAUAAAGAAACUUGGUUUUAGGGCACAGCUAGCAUCAAAGGAUGGUACUGGGGUUAACCACUCAUCAGAAAUUAGAAGGUGGAAGUGUACUUUCCUUCUUUCUCUUAUUCUCGGUAUACCAACCGUCAUUGUUGCUUUUGCUAACGUUUUCGAUAAAGACUUGGUUAACUGGCCUAAGAUAUACGGUGGAGUUACUCUUCAAGAGGUUAUCCUAUUCACACUAGCAACCAUAAUUCAAAUUUUUGGUGGCUAUCAGUUUUAUGUGUCUUCCUACAAAUCACUGAAGCAUCGUUCAGCUAACAUGGACGUACUAAUAGCACUGGCUACCACCAUAGCCUUCGUUUACUCUGUUAUUAUUGUUUUUGUCUCUGCUUUUGUGACUGGAAAGCACAUGAAGACCUUUUUUGAAACUCCACCCAUGCUAUUGAUGUUUGUAUCCUUGGGACGCUGGCUUGAAUACAUUGCGAAGGGUAAGACGUCCGAAGCGCUCGCAAAAUUAAUGUCAUUGCAAGCAACUGAGGCUAGAUUAGUGACCACACCCACUUACCCGCCCACCGAUGAAGUCGAGGAGAUGAUACCGGUAGAGCUAGUGCAGAGAGGAGAUAAAAUUAGAGUGAGACCAGGAGAAAAGGUCCCAGUAGAUGCCAUUGUUCUUGAAGGCCAAUCAAAAACUGAUGAGUCUCUAAUUACUGGUGAAUCAAUGCCCGUAUCAAAAAAGCCUGGUGAUUCAGUGAUUGGCGGUUCGGUGAAUCAAAAUGGUGUCCUUUUGAUUAAAGCCACUCACAUUGGGUCUGACGCCAUGCUGUCUCAAAUUGUCAGACUUGUCGAAGAAGCCCAGACUUCAAAAGCUCCUAUACAGCGUAUAGCUGACAGGAUUGCUGGUUACUUUGUGCCUCUCAUUCUAAUCCUAUCUUUCAUUACUUUUGUCUGCUGGUUGAUUGCUUAUCAAGUGAGAGACCACUCUGGAGCCCAUGAUCAUUGUGAUUCCAAUGACACGGAGUCUGACCAUGACUCCUCCAACUGCUACGAUAUUAGCCACGCCUUCACACACGCCCUCGCUGUUCUCCUAAUAGCCUGUCCGUGUGCUCUUGGCCUAGCCACACCCACUGCCGUUAUGGUUGGUACUGGAAUCGGAGCUAGUAAUGGGAUUCUUAUAAAGGGUGGGGAACCACUAGAAACAACACACAAAGUUAAAGCUGUUAUUUUUGAUAAAACCGGUACCCUAACUCACGGGAAACCAGCUGUAUCUCAUAUUGUGCUAUACACCACACCCACUGUCUGCUCGUUCAGUCGGUUUUUAUCAAUAGUGGGUGUGGCUGAGAGCAACAGUGAACAUCCACUGGGAGAAGCAAUCACUGCAUACGCUAAAGAAAUUCUUGGUGAUUCUUUUGGUGGUUCUUGUGUCGAUUACCAAGCUGUCCCAGGGAAGGGUCUUUCUUGUACUGUCUCCUCACUGGCAGGUGAAGGAGGCAAAGGAGGAGAGAAUAAAGAUGAGAACAUCAUUAAAGGACUAAAGAGGAAAGAUAUUGUAAAUGCUUCUAAAUCCAUUGGUACCAAUGAAGAAUACAAAGUAUUUAUUGGUAACAGAUCUUGGAUGAGAGACAAUCACAUUGACAUAUCCAGCCCCCAAGUCGAAGAAGAGAUCGUUAGCUACGAAGAGAAUGGACAGACUGUAGUGCUAGUCGCUGUUAAUGGCCUCUUGCUUGGUCAAGUGUGUAUCUCUGAUAGUGUAAAGCCAGAAGCAUCAGUGGCUGUGUAUACACUGCAAAGGAUGGGACUAAGAGUCUUACUGUUAACUGGUGAUAAUAGGAGGACUGCACAAGCUAUUGCUGAUGAAGUUGGUAUUAGGAACAGUGAGAUAUUUGCUGAAGUACUUCCUUCUCAUAAGAAGAACAAAGUAUCGGAAUUACAAGCAGCUGGAUAUAGGGUUGCUAUGGUUGGUGAUGGUAUAAAUGACUCUCCAGCAUUAGCUCAAGCAGACGUUGGUAUUGCUAUUGGUACUGGAACUGACGUAGCUGUUGAAGCAGCUGAUAUUGUACUAGUUAAAAACAAUCUAAUUGAUGUCAUUGCAGCCAUUAAGCUCUCAAAAAGGACUGUGCAUCGCAUUAAGUUAAACUUCUUCUGGGCGGUCAUAUACAAUGUGAUAGGGCUCCCUUUAGCAGCUGGGAUGUUUGUCCCAAUAGGGAUUGUAUUGGAGCCUUGGAUGGCAAGUCUGGCAAUGUCAUUUUCCUCUGUUACUGUUGUUGCUAGUUCACUACUGCUUAAAGUUGAUCUGUUCAAUAGAAGGCACUGCUGUAAGCCUUACCGUAAAGUUACACUGGAGGACUGUGAACGUGCCAUACCAAGACUCCAGCCCAAUGCCUCCCAACAUUCUUAUGUUUCUUUAACCCCUUCUCUAGUUCCUUCUCUCUCUUCUUUUAAUAGUAGCGUUAGCCCAAUCCCAAUGGCUGUUCGUUGGUCUAAACAUAAUGAAGAAGAUCACGACGAGAUUGUUUAUUAUGAAACUCCUGCUUAACUAUAGCCUCUCUCUCUUAAUGUUGCUGUUUUAUCAAAAUAAUGAACGUGUAUCUAUUAUUAUUAUUGUUAUGAUUCAUUUUAUUGUCUAUUAUCUUGUAUGAGCUUUGUUUAUGUCUCUUUGUAUACAUGUCCAACUUAUAUAUACGUUAAAAUGAUGUGUUUAUUAUUAUUAUUAUUAUUAUUAUUAUUAUUAUUAUUAUUAUCAUUAUUGUACUAUUUUAGUGGCUGCAUUUUUGGCAAUUAAAAAAAAACAUUUAUGAGGAUUAUACAUUUAAA